UGCCCGGGGCAGGCAAUGGCCCCACGCUGCCAUGCUGCAGCUUCUGCUGCAUCUUCAUGACUCCGUCAUGAACUCCUGCCCCAUAUGGCCCUGGAGCAGAGCCAAGAAACCUUUGUCCAGGAUGCAGGAGCUAUGCCCUUGCCUCCAAACUUUUUUGGGGACAGGUGGAUUUGGAGGCAUGAGACAAGUUCGGACUGAUGGGAGCUCUGGGACGAUGAGCAGUGGCUCCGCAACUUCCGGAUGCGGAAUGCCACGUUCCAGGAGCUGUGUGCCUAGCUCGUCCCUGCUCUGCAACACCAGGACUCCCACCUGAGGCCUGCCAUCCUCCUGCAGAAGCGGGUCGCUGUUGCCCUUUAAAAACUGGCCACCCCCGACAGCUACCACUCCGUGGGACACCAGUAUGGCGUGAGGAGAUCUACCAUCAGGUCUGUUUUGAUGGAAGUGGUAAGGGCCAUCAGUGCGGAGCUGCUGAAGAGGCUCGUCCGUCUGGGAGACCUGGACACCAUCGUUGCCAGCUUUGCUGGGCUUGGCUUCCCGAACUGCGGAGGAGCCCUCGAUGGAACACACAUCCCAAUCCGCGCACUACCUCAUCGAGCAGCCCAAUUUAUUAAUCGCAAGGGCUACUUUUCUAUGGUGCUGCAGGCCCUGGUCAGCCACCGGGGACAGUUUAUGGACAUUUCUGUCGGGUGGUUGGAGCAGGCACAUGAUGCCCGCAUCUUCUGCAACUUGUACCUGUACAGAAGGCUGCAGGCAGGAACACAGCGGGACCUCACGCUUGGGGACGUGAAGAUGCCGCUGUGCAUCAUGGCCGAUGUGGCCUACCCCCUGAUGCCGUGGCUCAUGAAGCCCUACACCGGCCACAUGGGUGCGAGCAAGGAGUUAUUUAACACGCAUGCAGGUGGAAUGCGCGUUUGGUCAUUUGAAAGGGAGGAUUCGUUGCCUCCUCACAUGGCUGGACAUGGGCGAACGCAACAUCCCCAAGGUGGUGGCUGCAGAUUGCAUGCUCCAUAACCUUGUGGAGAGGAAAGGGGAGACCUUCCUGCCGGGGUGUGGAACAGGUGCUGAUGGCGAGGGGAGGCAAUUCGAGCAGCCAGGCUCACCAGUCUGGUGUUCGCAUCCAAGAGGCCCUGAGGGAGAGACUCUCUGAAGGAGCCCACUGACUCUCCCCAGGGCCUCCCCCAUGGGGGGUUUGGCAUGGCCCACCCUACCUGUCCCUCUACAACCCUCACCCCAUAAAGAAUAUAUACAAAACCAAUGUCUGUUUACAAAGAAAACCGGGUGUUAUUAGAAACAAUAUGAGUAAGGAUAAUGUGCUAACUGUUUAAAACAAAAAUUGCUCUUUUUUUUCUGUUCUGCUGUUUAUAUACAAGCUACAUCUUUCACUCAGAAAUAAAGAUUUUGUUACAUCACUGAAAUGUUCUUUCACUGGGAUGGUAGGGGGCUGAAAACCUGGAGGGGGGAGGAGAGCUCAAGUAGGCUGCUGCUUCCCUGAUCACAGAGUCCUGCCACCUUGUGUCCUGGCACCACCAUGGCCUUGGGGUUGGGUGGAGCGAGAGCCAAUCCAGGGCUGGGCAGGAGGGGGAGCAGCUGUUGGGUCUGUGAGGGCUCGGGAGCAGGAGAGGCUGGGGAAGAAAGGGGGGUUAGCGGGGCAGGGCCCUGGCAUGCAGUGACAGGGGCAGGCAAGACUAGGAUAUCCCGCAUAGUGGCACAGAUUGAACUGCGGUGCUGGACCAGCUCCUCCGGCAGCCUGUUGCGCCACUUUGCCUCUGCCUCUGUCCUCUGCUGAAGAGUCCUGUUGAGGUCCUGCAGGGCCACUACUUGUUCUUUCAGCAGGUCUGUGUAGACACGCCAGUGCCUGCGGGUGCCACGUGUCCAGGAUGUUGGUGGGGCUGGUGUGAUAUGACCCUCUUGCAUGGGGGUGUCCGGCUGUGGAGGAAAAGAGGAAGAGACAAUCAUGUAUGUGUGCACCCGCUGUCCCCGAGGGCAUGCCCUCACUGUAAGGGGCUCUCCUUCAGACAGGAGACUCAGAGGUUUUGCACGUGACACUGUGUGUGAGUUGGGCAGCAGCCUGAGCAUCAAAGGGGCCCCACAGGGCAAUGGGACCAGAGGGCCCCUCCACACUGCCAACCCGCCCAUGUGUGGUGACCCCUCAAAGCACUUGCCUGA